AUGGCGAGGAUUGGUGAACUGGACGCCUACAUCCAGAGCGGUGCUGCGGUCGACGAUGCCACGCUUGAUCAAUGGAUUCAAAUGAGUGACAUCUCAAAUGCAAACGGGUUCUACAUGGGCGAUGCCGCCGUCGUCAGCGAGGCUGUGCGCCGCGUCUCUCGCGUCGUCGUGGCGCAGUACUUGAACAACGCUGAUGUAAAGGCCGUGCCGCUGCGCCGCAAGACGAAGUUCUGCUUGCUGCUGAACAACUUCUCCCUCUACAAGCCGGUGCGGUCGGUGGUGUUUGAGUGCUUGGAGGACAUGACGAGUAUCUUCGAGAAGUCCAUCAAAGACGAGGGUACGAUGCCGUUUGACUCAGAGCUAGGCCGCAUGUCGGAGCACGUGCUAGUGCUGCUGAUGCGCGUGAUGGACUACAAACUGAAGGCUGCGGCCGUACACGAGUUUGCAGAGCACAACACGCAGUUUGCGAUUCAGCUACUGCUGGCUAUCUUACUGAAGGAGCCUCCGUACGAGUUCGAGCUGCGGUGCAACUGCAUUAGCGGCCUACUAGGCUUCACCCAGCCGCAGGCUUUCUUCGGGGCUGGGGAGAUGAUCGAGGAGCACAGCUGCAACAAGUUCACGGAAAAGGUGGACUUUAUGCUGAACCUGAUGCUGCGUCUGCAGGCGAUCCAGGUCGUGAGCGACGUGCUCGGCGACGCCAUUGCAAGCUCGGACACGGUACCGCUGUUGACCCAGAACGCCGUGAACAACACGAUGCAGACCAUCAUGAACAUCUUCAAGUUCUCCUCGAAGGAGUCGACACAGUGGCGUCAGCACAUCCUUCUCUCCACGACGUUACUCGACGGGACGGUGAUGAUGUAUGUGCAGUCGCUGGCCUCAAAUCUGCAUGAGACGAUGACCGCCCGGGCGCCGCGCGUCGCUGGCCACUUGUUGCACUCCCUCAGCCUAUCUUUCCUCUUCGGCGCCUUCGCAGCGUACCACAUGGAGGAGGCGAGCCAGGAGUUGCGCAUCUUCUGCACCUUUUUCCACGAUCUCUUCCAACUGUCGAUCCGCCCCAUCGUGGCGGAUGCGCGUGUGUCGGGACAAAUGAUGGUUAUGUACAUCAACCUCCUCCACUUCAUGUGCAACGUCGAUGCCAUGGCCGAAAAGCCCAGCUAUCCGAUGGACGGCCUGCUGCCCGAGUUGUCGAGCGCGGCGUUGCAAGCGACCGUUGAGGCUUUCCUGAAGAAGGAGGUGGGCGGCUGUGGGCUGCCUUUCACGGAGGCGUGGUAUCGACAGUUCCGUCGUGUCACGGCUGACACCCUCAUUGCACAGGAUUCGACCACGUUUCAGUGGAUCGACAGCUGCUUCCUUGCCAUGAUAUCACAACUGACCACACAGCAGGUGCCGGUGGCCGCACCGGCUGCUCCGGCUGGUGGCGCGCGUCUGCUGAGCGAGAUACCGCCGCUGAGGCCGAAGAGGACGAACAAGAUCUCUAUCGACAAGGCGGCCGCGCCGAUCCGGCACAAGGUGAAUCCGAGUACGAAGCAGGACAAUGUCGAGGGCGUGGAUGCCGACCUGCUGUGCGCGCUGACUGGCGCCGUCAUGAAGAACCCUGUCUCCUCGCCGUACGGGCAGACAUACGAAAAGGAGGCCAUCAUGAACUGGCUGGAGCAGAACGGCUCCGUCUGCCCCAUCACCGGACGUCCUUUGACGGCCGCCCAACUGAGCCCAAACACGGCUGUGGCGACGAAGAUCAUGCAGCAGAUAGUGCGUCAGACCAUGGCAACGCAACUGGUGGCCGAGGACGACAUGUACAAAUUCUGA